AUGACUCCUGCCACCAAGCUUUCAAAAUCUGAUGGGGUCCCCUUUGAUGACCCUACCCUUUACAGAAGUACUAUCGGUGCUUUGCAAUAUUUGACACUAACAAGGCCGGACAUUGCCUUCAGUGUAAACAAACUGAGUCAGUUUCUCACCUCUCCCUCUCUUGUUCACUGGAAUGCUUGCAAACAUCUGCUGCGUUAUCUAAAAGGAAUAACUCAUCUCAAGCUUCAAUUCCAGCCUUCUUCUUCAUCCAUGAUUGAAGGAUACUCUGAUGCGGAAUGGGAAAGCUGCCCUGAUGACCGACGAUCCACAGGGGGUCAUUGCAUUUUCUUGGGAUCAAAUCUCGUCACAUGGUCCGCCAAGAAGCAGGAGGUUGUGUCUUGUAGCAAUGCAGAAUCAGAAUAUCGAAGUAUGGCGAAUGCCACAACAGAUAUUGUGUGGUUAAAGAGUCUAUGUGCUGAGCUUAGUCUUUCUCUUCAUUCCCCACAUCGACUUUGGUGUGACAACGCUAGUGCACUUGCAUUAGCUAAUAACCCUGUGUUUCAUGCGAGGACUAAACACAUAGAAGUCGACGUCCAUUAUAUACAGGAAAAGAUUUCUGAUAACACAAUUGAAGUAGGUCAUGUUCCUUCAUCUGACCAGAUUGUCGAUGUGUUUACUAAACCCUUGGCUGAGCCCAGAUUUUGUCUUCUUCGUGAUCGCUUAAAUCUUGUUGGUAGUGGCUAG